UGUCAUUUCAGAGGAAACAGGAGUUUUGAGUCGUACAUGGCAGUACAGCUGUGACAACAGUGACAGGAAAAUAGACCAGCUUUCCAGGGCCUGGACUCGUCUUCCGUUCCCUCCCCCAGUGCGCCGGAGCGCCACAGCAGCAGCCGGGGCGCGCUGCUCAAACCGGACUAGUUUAUAUUAAGCUUACGUUGAGCUGACUCUGCGGAGCGACUUCUCAGAGGCACAAACCAGGAAGGAAACCUGCAGGGGCAAGGUGCAAAUUUUCUCCCCCAAUGACGGAAUCCCCCUGUCUGACUCUCGUCGGCACCGGGCACAGACAAGUACCAAUGCGCCCUCGUCUCUAGAGCGCGCAGGAGGAGCGCGUUUGACACCAUGGCGGCUUCUGUGGCAGAUGGGCACAGGACGGAUUUUACCAGUAAAGAUGGCAUAGGGGUGUGGAACAGCUCAGGUCACCCACAGGCGCAGUGCAAACCCAUGCACUUAACAGCUCUGGGCACCCAAAGGAUCAUUCAGGGCAAUGGGACCAAUGUGGGUACUGUCAUUUCCCUUCAGUGUCCAGCCAAACACAAACUGAUGGGCAAAGAGCUAACUUGUGUCAUGGACAGAAAUGGAACCCACUGGGUUGGAUUGGAGCCCUUCUGUAAACCUCUGACUCCCUUUGAGGAACAUGGCUUCCGUAUUGCAGUCCUGGUGUCCAUUGUAAGCUCAGGCAUCAUCUUGCUCAUGUCCUUGGCCUUCCUCACCUGCUGCUUGCUUGACUGCAUGAAAGAGGAUAAGAAGAAACAGCAGAAAAGGGAAUUGGAUGCGUGGCCACAAGAGGAGGAACUCCAACAUCAGGAGAACAACAGAAUCCAGGACUGUCACAAAGGCCGAAACAACAACAGCAACAACAAUGCACAAGAGAAGAUGCUUUCAGUGCGGGAUGCCAUUAACCCAUCUUUAGGCAUCAACAUGCAACCCUGCAGAUAUCACAAUCAGUACGUUUAUGGUCCUGAGGCUUGCACCUGUGGACCCUCACCUCCAUUUGCUCAGCUUCCUGGACAUGUCUAUACCCAGCUUCUGUCAUCUGAAAACCAAGAAUUGUGCCCACCUUCAUACUCAGGACCUUCUUUGGCAUGUGGCAUGCCCACAAGCUCAAGCUUGUCCCAGGUCCCAGCAUAUGGGUCUGCAAUGGAAUGGCAGUAUGGAGAACACCACCGCAGUUUUUCUGAACUGAUUCCACCGAGCACAAGCGGCUCUGACUUGAGGAACACAAACUCAAAUGUGAAACCAAACCAGCUUUCCAUCAGGAUUAUAUCAGUUUAACUGAAAACCAUCAAUGUUCCCCUAAAAGACAAAUAUCCAAAAGCUAUGGAACCUAUAUCCAAGGCUUAUGUGGAUUUCAACUACAUCAGGUGAUUCGUCAAAAUGUUCAUGUCAGUAGUGCAGUUCAAUACAACAGCUGUACAGGCACUGACGUGAAUGACAGGCCUGCUGAAUGUGCCUUCUGUGAUCUGUUACAACGCGCGGCUGCCCUCUGGCGGCAAAGAGGAGGCAUGGCUUUUAUGGAGCACCAAUCGAAGUUAUAAAUGGCUGUUGAAAUAUUAUAUUAAAGGUGUCUGCUUUAAUUGAAAUUGCAUUGACAUUAAAUGUUUACUGCUAGUGUCCACCCCUUAUUUUAUAAGUAGAUAAUAGUUCAUAGGACCUUGUAGCUCAGCUUGCUGAAAAUCUCAACAAUCUGUAAAAUAUGUGGUAUGAUAAAUUAAGAUACUUUAAAAUAAACACUUUAAAGUGUU